AUGCCUCUUUACAAAAGGAAGCCACAUGCUAUGAGUGAACGGCCAGACGAUCUAAAUUCUCAAGAGCUCGUCUUUCAAAUUCGAUUCACAAAAGAAAUCUUCAGAAGUUAUAAUGAAUAUUUGGAGAGACUUAACCUAUACCGCAAGAGCAUUUGGACAUGCAAAGCUACUGGGAAGGGAAAUUUGACCUACGAAGAGGCCUUGAUCUCGGAAGAAAGAGCUUCUAAACGAAUACAAAGUAUUCCUGUCCAAUAUAUGGCUCCUAUUCUUCGUGAUGUGCAAUUCAGCAUGCUUAAUUUGAAAGAUCUAGUUGAUUCAAUUGCUGCAAAAUUUCAAAACCCUUUUUCUGAGGGUGAUGAAUUGUAUGGAAAGAAGGAUGGUCGUUUACAUAUGUGCAAAGUCAUAAAAAUUGUCAAGGAUGCUGAUUCGACACAAUAUGAAAUUGAAUGGCUGGAUGAUCAACAGAAAGCGAGUGGGAAUACUCUUUUAAAUGCUGAUGAUUUGUCAGUAAAGAAUCCUCCUUUCAGCAAACGGGUUCUCAAGGCUUUUAUCAAAGAUUCUACAUACAGGAACCUCCCUUGGGUUUUACAUGAUAAUUUAGCAAAGAAGCACGGAAUCCCAACUUCACCUCCUGAAGAACUUAAGUCUCAAUGUUCUUUGCAGAAUGGACUUAUAGUUUGUAACAGAAAGAGAAAGAAAACUGAAGAGCCUAAACAGACUACGGAGGCAAAUGAGAAGGAGAUUAAGGUGUACAUGCGAAGACAUAAAUUGGCAUCUGGAUCCUCAUUGCCUGUAAAGAGUACCAAUGGAGAGAGUUCACAAGAUGACUCCAUUAAGUAUCCCAUCGACGACCUGCUGGUGCAGCCUUCUGAAGAAGAUCGACUUUUGACGGAAAGGCCCUCCCCUUGCAGGGACUUCAGUGUGCCCUUGGAUUGUGUUGGGGAUCUUGUGAUGGUGUGGGAUUUUUGUGCUUCAUUUGGAAGGCUAUUAAAUUUGUCCCCUUUCUCUCUCUCAGACUUUGAGAACGCCCUAUGUUAUAAAGAUAGCACUCCUUUAGUCAUUGUGGAGUCGUAUUCAACUCUUCUUCACUUGCUAAUAAAGGACAAUGUGGAGUUUGCAGCGGCAAUGCAAAAGAAGAAAAGGAAGCCAAAGAUUACUCAGAUCACCUGGACGGAUUACAUAUGUGAUUUCUUGGAAAUGAACUACUCUGAUGAUCUAACUAGGCAUAUAAGUACUAUUAAGCGAGGUCAUUAUGCGGUGUUGGAGAUUAAUGUGAAACUGACGAUUUUUCGCGAACUGAUUGCUCAAGUUCUGGAGACGGAUACUGUGAGGGACAAAUUGGAUGAGUUUAUUGAAGAAAGGAUGGCACUUUCUGCUGCAAGGAGGGAUGAAGCACUGGACGAAGGUAGAAAGAGGAGAGAGGAAAAGGAGCGCAAGAAGUCAGAAGCUAAUGGCAAAGAAGUUAAAGAUGAGCAUAAAGUGAAAUCUGGCAUGGGUAGUAAUGAUGUACGUGAUGGAGUUGCUCGAGAGAAGGAUGAUAAGAAAGUGUGCUCUCGACAGAGUCAAUCAUCUGGUGGAUCCAGUGAGAAUGAUCAAGGAGACGGCACUUCUAAGAAGAAUGCUAAAAAACGAAAAGUUGAGACCAACAAUUUAUCCGAAGAUAUUAAUAACCCGUCCAAGAGGGAGAUCCAUAAACUGAUGAAAAAUGAAGUCAAGGAGUCAAUAGGGAUGAAAAGCGCUGAGGAAAGGAAAGAAUUUCUUGAACGGGAGAUUGAGAAGAGAUUUAUACGCACUAGUCCAUUAGGAAAAGAUAGAGAUUACUGCAGGUAUUGGUUUUUUCGACGUGAUGGAAGAGUAUUUGUUGAGAAUUCUGAUUCCACACAGUGGGGCUAUUAUCAAACCAAGGAAGAGCUUGACGCUUUGAUUAGUUCAAUGAAUCAAAAAGGGGUGAGAGAGAAAUCUCUCAAAAAGCAGCUGGAGAAAUUUUACGACAAAAUUUGCAUUGGACUAGAGACAAGAUCAAAAGAGGCGACACAGAGGAUGGAAAUGGAAGAGGCCCUGGUUCGCAGGUCGACUCGUGUGCGUGCCCCAUUAGGGGAAAACCCUUCACUUUCGUUUCUCAAGUAUGUGAACAAGUGGAAAGAUUUAUAA